AUGGCACUCAACAGAAAGUAUGCUACCUUGCCGGACUUAGACUCUGCACCAGACAUUUACGAAACUCCUGAGUUGACCGACGACAACUCCACAGCUCCAACGGGAAGAGACCGCUCGCAAUCGACUUCCUCCUCCUAUAAAGACUUCGACGACGAAGAAGACGAUGCUCCUGGCAUCUCCCGUUCCCGACUGCACCCAGAUGAAGCACGCUCGCACUUCUCCCCCGCACAAAUCGAUGCCCGAGACGUAGAUUUUUCUGACCGAGUUACUGCGAAGCGGAAGUCCUACAAGGCUUCUACAAGACGACAAAAGAUACGGGAAGAUGGCAAGGUUACUGAAGAGUAUGGGGAUUUCAGUGACGAGGAGGACGGAGAGAGUUUGGAGAGGAAGCUUGCGAGAUUGAGGAGGGAAAUAGAAGAGGUGAAGGAAGAAUGUGGCAGGCGGCAAGCUGAGAAGAAGGACACCGCUAAUGGUAGCAAGAACCUGGAGCCAGACGUUACGGCGCUGAGCAGAAUGCUGGAUGGGAUUUCUACAAGUCAAGGAGGGGCAUCUUCAAGCGUCAGUGCGAAAUUCGUAAAGGAUCUCGGAACUGGAAUCAAAGCAAACGGGCCAGCACACACUUCACAAGGCGCGGGUGAACCAGCUACCUACACAGUCACAUAUGCUCCUACCUACCAACAAAGCCACGCCUUGGCCAAAGCCGCCGAUUUCGAUGGACGUUUAGCGCUUUUAGAAAAAGCACUUGGGCUUGACCCCAUAGCUUUCGACUCCAACGGAACUCCAAAAGCGAUCUUGCCUACGCUAGACACGCUUCAGCGCCAGGUUUCACUCAUCUCCGAGUCUACUCCAUCUUCUCUUGAUACCAUCAGCCGACGAGUUCGUACUCUAGCACAGGAAGCUGAACGGCUGGAGGAGACGCGGAAAGCUGCCAAGGCUGCUCAAGAUGCGCUGAGAGCAGUCGGAGGUGAUGUUUCUUCUGACGAUGGCGAGGAUUCGGAACAAACGUCCAAGAUUCACGCAUUGUACGGCACACUUCCAACAAUUGAAAAUCUUGCUCCGCUCUUGCCACCGCUGCUAGAUAGACUACGUUCAUUGCGAGCAAUUCAUGCAGACGCUGCCACGGCCGGCGAAAGUUUAGAUGUAGUGGAGAAGAAGCAGACAGAUAUGGCUGGAGAUAUCAAGAAAUGGAGGGAAGGAUUAGAGAAAGUGGAGGAGGCGCUGAAGCAGAAUGAGACUACUAUGGGUGGUAAUAUGAAGGUUGUUGAAGGGUGGGUCAAGGAGAUAGAGGCGAAGAUGGAGAGCUUACUUUAUCCUUCCUACCACUCGGGAGAGAUGAGCUGA